UGUUCAUGACCGUCAUACACUGUUUAAGGUCUCUAAUUUUUAAAUUGUUCAUACGCUGCUGUAACGUAAAAUAUAAUAGGAGCAGUGUCCAAGACACUUGAACAAUUUUCUAGCCUAACUCUCUGGGAACCUCUGAGAAAUUCACCAACUCCGUAGUCUGAGCUAAGACUCCACCCUCCAACCUCAAUAAAGAAAACAGGUUUUUGUCAACAUUUUCAUUGAAUUUCAAGACCUUAAUGUAUUGUCCACCUCACCCCCACCACACCACCCUCAUUUAAACACCAUCUAGCUUUGCUAUCUUCUCCCUUCUCCAUACUCCUCCAGUUUUCAUUGGUUUAAUAGUCUUGAAUCUGCUUUCAAUUCUCUCCUCAGCCAUCUUUUUUCAAAACUAGUUUUUUCUCCCUAUUUGAUGACAACUUAAAAGCCUAGUACUUCACUCGUUAACUCUGUUCACUCCCAUAUAUUCUACUUGAUAACAAUCAUAGCUUACCUCAAGUAGUACACAGUACACAAGCUUUGGAUUUCAAACAGCUGAUAUUUAUUUUCAACCUAAACUCUUACAUUGGGGAGUCAUUCUAUUCAUGUCUUUUGCUUAUGUUCAAGAUCUGAGAGAACCAAUUGGUCUGCAUUUUUGUCUUUGACAUCUGGGAUGGAUCUUGCAAGCAGAAGAUACUUGAUUUAUGUCUCACAACAUGUGUCACAAUCGGAAGCACUUUCUCCGGUCACAAGUCCAGGGGGUUCGUUCUUUCAUCCUCAUCAGCAUUCUUCUAGCACCAGUUUUCCCAUAAUCGCAAUUGCCAUAAUAGGAAUAAUGGCCACGGCUUUCUUGCUUGUGAGCUACUACAUCUUUGUGAUCAAAUGCUGCCUCAAUUGGCACAGAAUUGAUAUUCUAAGACGUUUUUCUCCAUCUAGAAGGCGUGAAGAUCCAUCACCCAUGUACUCACCAGGCACAGAAGCUCGUGGACUGGAUGAGGCAAUGAUCCGGUUAAUCCCUGUGAUUCAAUACAAGACACAGGGGGAUGAUAGAGAAUCUGGAGAAUGUGCUGUUUGCUUGAAUGAGUUUCAAGAAGAUGAGAAGCUCAGGAUUAUACCAAAUUGCAGUCAUGUGUUUCACAUUGAUUGCAUAGAUGUUUGGCUUCAGAGCAAUGCCAAUUGUCCUCUGUGUAGAACAAGCAUUUCCUUGACAAGCAGAUUCCACGUUGAGCAGCUUCUUGCACUAAGGUCUUCUUCCCCUCCGGAUCAAACUCCACCAAGGGAAAACCACAUAGGAAGAGAUGAAGAUUUUGUUGUAAUUGAAUUGGGUAAUAUCCACGAUAGAAGCCAAAAUUUGCGAGAGAGAGGAAAUGGUUUGGAGUUACCAUCACCAACAUCUCUUAUUAGUUCUUGUACGCCAAGGAAAUUGGAACAAGGAAAUGUGCAGAAGAAAGCAAUGAAACUGCAUAAAGUGACGAGCAUGGGAGAUGAGUGUAUUGAUAUUAGAGCAAAAGAUAACCAGUUCUCAGUGCAACCAAUCAGAAGGUCUUUCUCCAUGGACUCAUCAGGGGAUAGACAGUUCUAUUUAGCAGUUCAAGAAGCUCUGAGGCUGCAGAACAGGCAAGUCAAUGAAGUCAGCACCACCGAAGGCUGCAGUGGUAGUGGUAGCAAUAGAGUCAAGAGAUCAUUCUUUUCCUUCGGACAUGGAAGUAGAUCCAGGAGUUCUGUGCAACCCGUUUCUUUGGAACCCUGAAAUUUCUCUUUUCCCUUCCCUCUUUCCAUUAUGUUUGCAACUUGCAAGUUUCUUAGGUCUUUACUUUUUCUUUUUUUUUUCUGAGAUAGAGAUGUUACUAUGUUAGAUGAUGAACAGGUCAUAGGAUUGUAUGACACACAAAUAUUCAAUUGCAUUUAAUUUUAACUUGAAACCAUUAUUGCUGUAUUUGUAUGUUUCUGAGUGUAUAAAAUGGCUUCGUGUUGUGGUUC